AUGUCUCUAGCGGAUAAAAUUAAUGAAGAUGAUGAUUAUCAUUCCUUGUCACCGCUAACAAAUUCCGAUGAUAAUAUUAGUAAAUAUGAUUAUGAUGCUUAUCGUUUGUGUAGCCGAGAUACGCCAUGUAAUAAAAAAGUCCAUCAACAUUCCACAACGAAUGAUAUGACCUCGAAAAAUGUUUCAAAUAAUUCCAAACCAGUUAAAGGCGAUCUACGUCCUAUGGAAAAUGAGCCUGGACAUCAACAGAAAUAUGAUGGAUUCCGAUGGCGUCGCAUAUGUUGUGUUCCUAGUUGUUCAAUUUAUUUGAUGGGUGGCAUUUACUUUGAGAAUUGGUUAUGUCGAAAACAUUAUUUACUUGUAUUAGAAACUGAUUUAUCGAAUGAAUCUGAUAACUCAAUCAUACAAGAUAAAGCAUCAGUAACAUCACGGAAAAAAAAUCUUCAAAGAGCACCAGCACGACAACCUAGUAAAAAAAUCCAACAUCAUAAUCGUGGUGAUAUAAUGACACAUACUGAUGGUACUCGACAAAAAUAUGAUGGUUUUUCUUGGCGGCCUGUUUGUAAAUCUAAUAAUUGUAAAUCUUAUCUUGUUGCACGUGGUUUUUGUCGUCGCCAUGAUGUCGAAAAUCGAAAGAAAACAUCGAAAUCAUUAUCUUCAUUAAAUAAUACUCCAAAACAAAAUACAAUAUCAAAAUCUCAGAUAGAACGAUCCGUAAGACAAACGAAAAUAAAGCCAAAAAAAGGUGAAAUUCGAAGUGUUCGACAACAAUGGAACGGUACAAAAUGGUAUUCAUUAUGUCAUUAUGAUGCUGGAGAUUGCCAACGUCGUUCAGCUGGAGUAAAAUCUGGUUAUCUGUGCGAAAAACAUUUUGAAGAAUUUAAAAACAAACAACAAGGUCAAACUUCAACUAAUGAUAAUAAUGCAGCUUUAUUGUCACCAACAAUCAAAAGAAAAAAAUCAAUUAAUAAUGAUAAUAUUUUUUCAACACAUACCAUCAAUCAAGCGCAUAGAUCAAUAUCACAUGAACCUUCAUUAUCGAUUGCAUCAAGAAAACCAAUUGAACAAUCUAUACAAACAGAUGUAACAUAUCCACUUGAUUCAAUCGAUUUACGACACGGAUACAUUUUAAUUGAGGACGAUAAUGAUGAACAAUAUCAAUGCGAUUCACCUCAAUUAACUGUCUAUAUUAAAAAAGAGGAAGAUGAAUGUCCAACUAAUGCAUGUCAACUUGCCCUCGAUAUGAAUUCCAUGUCGUUUAAUUGUAAAUUAGAAUUGACAAAACUUGAAAAUUCCUGA